CUUAUCCGAUUGUAUGACGAUCCGAAAUUUCGUGAUACGUUUGGAUUCCCCAUUUGAAUAGUAAUUGAAUAUGACUGCUAAGGUGGGUUUAAUUUAUCUAGAAGAUCGAGAGACUAAUAUCGGCCUUCGGCCUGUGGAGUUUCGAAGUGUUAUAGGAAAAAGAUUGCCGUGGUCGAUCUCAGGUUCCUCUUUGCCAGUAGUCCAGGCGCAUGAAAAGCUAGUUACGGCUCUGAACUUGUACAUACACAAAUGCAUUUUGUAGUGUCAGUGCUACUGGUGCUACGUAUACGUCCAUUGCAGAACGUAAACAUGAUUGCACGGUAAAAGUUUAUUUUCCAUCUGAUUAUCUCGCUCAACUUUAAUACAAUUCUCUUCUACCUGGACGGUUUCCACUUGGACGAGAUUAAAAAGAUGACGGACGAGCGGAAUUUUCGUUCGCAGUAUUAUGAAAAGGUUGGUUUUCGCAGCGUCGAGGAAAAGAAAUCUUUAGAAAUACUGUUGAAGGAGCGUCCACUUGACAAAACAAAACUGAAGCAGUUUUGUUUAAGAUUCACUGUACCUGCUAUGUAUAGAAAUUUCUUGUGGAAGAUCAUGCUCGACGUUGUGCCGGUUUAUGCAGAGAGCCAGGGAUUCAUAAUGGCACAGCGUAAGGCGGAAUUUCAGGAUUUGCAGAGAGCACUGAGAGUCACAAAAAUUAUAGAUGACUUUACGAAACCUCAUCUAAUAUUCCUAGCAAUGUGGCUGUUACGCAAAAGGAGAGCAAAAGUUGAUAUGACAGCUCAAUUGGAAUCACCAUUGUACAGAGCUAUGAGCAAAAUGGCUGAGACAUUGUGGCACAUAAUUGAUGUUGAAUCAGAAGAGGAGAAACUAGUGGAUAUGUAUUGGAUAUUGUCUGGGCUUUUUGUGCAAGUUGAGAAGCUACAGAAAGAAGUAGGAAAAUUGCAAGACUGUACAUAUGCGUUGUUGGAAAAAGAGGACAUAGAAUUAUACAAGCAUCUUGUUAAAAUUGAUGCGCUUUGUAAUCUUCCGUAUGAUACAUGGUUUUAUUCGUGUUUUGCCGGUAUAAUAUGCAAUGGCUCUAUCGCUAAAAUACUUUUAUUUAUUUGUAGGAUAUGGGAUAAAAUAGCGGUUGGUGCAUAUCGAAUUCUAAUAUUCAUUGCCGUUGUUAUAUUAACCACUUUGAGGCGACUAUUAUUAAGAUGUGAAAGCACAGAUAAUGUAUUAGAUACUAUCAAUAAUAUAACAGAAGAAACGUCAGAGGUGAUAGUCAAUAAAGCAAUUGAAUCGAUGCAACAAAGUGGAACAACUCAACAAGUUGACAUGUAUUUCACAAAACACAAUAUGAGUGUAUUAUCAGCGAUAAUAUGUGCGACAAGGACGGUCGAACAGUGGGGAAGAAAGUAAUACUUGUGUGGUGUACGUAUAACGAGAAACAUGUGAUAGUAUCCCUCGAUUCAUUAUAAGUGAGAUAAAUAAACUUGAACUAUAAGAC